AUGUGCGUGUUAGUUCGUGGUUACGCAAGAUCUGAUGAGUUUGAUAUGAUCAAUAUGGGAAAACCUUCCUCCUUUGUCUUCCUCAUCAUCUUGCUUCUUUGCUUAACAGUCACCUUAGCUUCCAUUGAUACGAACAUCAAUACUGACAAAUCUGCACUUCUUACUCUUAAAUCCUUUAUCACCUCUGAUCCAUAUGAUUUUUUAGCUAAUUGGUCUGUCUCUUCUUCUCCAUGCAGCUGGGCUGGUAUCACAUGCAAUACUCAGCAUGGAAGGGUCCAUUCCGUGAAUCUUAGCAGCAUGAAACUUAAGGGCACCAUAUCUCCACAACUAGGAAAUCUCUCAUUCCUUGUUGAACUUGAUCUCAAUAAAAACAACUUUCAUGGUCAAAUCCCACAAGACUUAGUUCGAUUACGUCGAUUGAGACUAUUCAAUUUGAGCUAUAAUCACUUUCAUGGACAAGUUCCGACAUGGAUAGGAGAUUUAUCUCUGCUUGAGCACUUAAGUUUUCAAAAUAACAGUCUCAAUGGAUUUAUUCCAUUAUCUCUGUUCAAUCUAUCAAGGUUAGAGACAUUAGAUUGGAAUUCCAAUCUCAUUGAAGGUACCAUCCCACCAAAGAUAGGAAGUCUAAAGCACUUGAAGAAGUUAAAACUUUCAAGGAACAAACUUUCAGGAGCAAUUCCACAAACAGUUUCCAACUUGUCUUCGCUUGAGUUGCUUUGGUUGUCUUAUAAUAGUUUGUCAGGGAGCAUCCCAAGUGAGAUUGGGAAUCUUUCACAAUUGAAGAAAUUGUAUCUUGGAAGUAAUCAACUUGCUGGCUCACUACCAUCUUCAUUAUUCAACAAUUCAGUGCUGCAAGACUUCCAACUUGGAAUAAAUAACUUAUUUGGCAAUCUCCCAACAAAUUUGUGUGUUGGGCUUCCAAAGCUACAAAUAUUUUAUGUGAAUGGAAAUGAUUUGGAUGGCGAAAUACCCUCUGCUUGGCAUCAAUGCACAGAAUUAUUAGAAUUACAAUUGGGGCAUAACAAAUUCAACGGAGGAAACAUACCAAUUGAUUGGAAAUCUGACCAAACUUCAGUUGCUAUAUGUUCCCAGCAGCAACCUGCAAGGUAA